CGGGGCCUUGCUCGCCGAGGCCUGGGCCGCGCCGGGAGAAGGAGCGAUGGAGGCGGCGGGCGGCGGGGGAGCGGCGGCGGGCGGCAUCGCCCUGCACGACUUCAGCGGGCGGCUGGGCGAGCAGCGGGUGCACUUCCACGCCAUGCGGCUGCGGGACUCGCUCUUCCUCUGGGUGGGCGCCGCGCCCGCCCUCGCCAGCCUGGCCGUCGCCAUGUGCAGCCCCCGUGACAGCGUCCCGGUGGCCGCCUCGCUCCUGGGGGAUCCCUCGGACACCGCCUCCGCCUGCCUGGCCCGGCGCUUGGCCAGCAAGACCAAAAAACAGAUAUUUGUCAGCUACAAUCUUCAAAACACAGACAGCAAUUUCACCUUACUCAUAGAAAACAGGAUCAAAGAAGAAAUGAUGGCUUUUCCAGAGAAGUUCUGAUUUUGCAUCAUUGUAAAGUAACCUGAAGUUUUUGUUUUAGAAAAACUGAUUGCAAUUUUCACACUGACAUUAAGUUAGUAAUUUGUUUUGUAUUGUUUUGAUUGAAUCUGCAGCUGUUAUUAAAUAUAGAUGGACCUAAA